AUUUUUUUUCAACCCGCAUAUGAUUUUGAAAUCAUAUUAAAGUAGAAGUUACCCCCGGCAUGAAUGUGUAACUGUUUUCUUGGUUAUAAGUGUUACUUUUUAGCUGUGACGUCGCAAACAUUACCAUGCACGUCCGUUUUGGCGCUACUUUAAAAGGCGAUAAAAAUCGGUUUAUUUUCUCUCAUUUGUUUGUUUUUUAACUUACAACAAUGAAACUUACAUCUUUAUGUGUGGUUAGUAAAGGUCUACAAUGCUAGAUAGUUUUUAUCACUUUUAGUUUAGAAAAGAUGGAAAAAAAUGAAGAAAACGACAUUUUCAAAUUUUCAUUUUUUUUUUAAAAAAAAUACGCAUUCGUCUUAAUAACGGAAAAACGGCUCAAAAAUGUUUGCCAAAAUUUUUUAUAUACAAGAUAUAUAUAUCUUUAAUAAACUGUCAGAAUAUUGGGAACUUUAACCAUCUAGUAUUCUUUUAAAUUAUUGAUUUUCGUACCCUAUCCGACGAUCAAAAUGUGACGUCAAAGUGCGCGUUUUCAAGAAAAAACGCGUGGAUUCGUAAGAAUAUUUUAUGUAUUUAAAAUGCGUCUAUGUACUUAAAAUUGCUGUAUAACCGACUUGUGUUUUGUCAGUCUUUACUUGUUUUAUAAUUCAAAUGUUUCAUGAAUCAAAUAUAUAGCAAGUCUGUUUUCAGACCUUGUUUAAUCUGGUAGAAUUUGCUGUCACUUAAAAAAUAAAGAUCAUUUAAAAAUACAUCAAUUUCUUCAUUUUAUUUUACGAAAAGGGAAUUGUUUGAAAAUUGUAAUAGUUGAAGAACGUUAAAGCAUGACAAAAUGACGUCAUUACGGAACAAACAGUGCAACCGUUCAAAAUGGCUGCGACAAGGAGGAGUAGGAGUGUAAAUGGGAGGUUUAGAAAAUCUAACGAUGCAGAAAGUAGAUUUUUAAACUUGAAAAAUAUAAAUAAAGAGAAGCAUUCCUAUCUCGAAGGAAGGAGGAUAAUAGAUUUGAAUUAUUUCGGAAAGAAAUCUGAUUCUGGAUGUGUAUCUUGUAGUGAGAGAUUCAAAUGGUGUAACAUUAUUAAGUAGACCGUUUUCGGCUAUGUCAGUGUAUUCCAUUUCAAAUGUUCAAACUGUGGAGAAAUAUCGAAACUUCGGAUAUGCAAAGAAUUCCAGGAACUGUCUACAAAAAUCAGAGAAAACCGUACUCUGUUAAUGUGAAAGCAGCAUUAGGUAGGUUCAGUAUUUCAUUCCAGACAGUAUUUGCAAGUUUCAAGCAAAUCACUUGAAGAAUUAUUAUAAAGCAGGAAAAUCGUUGAUGAUUUAUCGAAAGUCCUGGAAGAGUAAAAGUAAACAUAACGGCUUAUGUCCCUGUAUGGCUUCCGUACGCAUUAAGUAGCUAUUUGUUUAGAUAUUCCUAGUUUAUCAGUAGUCGGACGUAGUCUUUUUAUUUUUCAUAAAGCUAUGAUCCACGGUGGUGUAGGCGAAACUCACAUGAACGCGAUAUUCACUACACUGGGAAUACCGCCAGUUCAUUAAAGAACAUUGAAGAAACGAGAACGUGAUGAUGGAACGGAAAUUGAAGCUGCUAAGCUAUCGUGCCGUGUAGCCAGUGAAGAAGAGAGAAGAAGUAUUAUGAAUUCCCAAAGUUUAAAUGAAAGAUUAGAAAGUCACGUACAUACAGAGAGCCAUUUCGAAAAUGAACAGAUGACAUUCGAUCAAGCCCUGGACUUUCUAGAAAGCCAAGAAGAGGCCGAGGAAGAAGCAGAUGAGUACGGCAGUGUUCGUGGAGAUACGCGAGAAAUGAAUCAUGGAGAAUCACGUGACUGUGAAGAAGAAUUUCGUGACUACAGUGAAAUCACGCGAGGUUAUAGAUCUAAUACAGAAGAUUCGUGCAAGUGUAGUAGUGUCGACAAUGUCUUACAGGAAGACUUUUCCACAGGCGGUAAAUGUCAUAUUUGUCUUUAAAAUUGAAGCUUGGUCAUAUUAUGAACAUUAGAAUACGAGUCAUUGUUUCAAAUUAUUUAAAAAUGCCAAACCAAGAAAAAAAGUUGAUCGUGUCGGGAAUCGAAACAAUAUAUUAGUUUUACUAUGCCUGUACCAUGUGUUACAAAUUUAGUGUUCAGUGCGCGUAAAUUAUAACAUGGUUAUUAUAGCAGCAGCUCGAUCUGGGAUGCUGUAAACGGCUCGAGUGGCUUACGUGCCGAGUGUGAUCCGACCAUACAAAAUUGACGAGAGCCGAAUACAAAUUCAAAAAUCUAGCUACUGUUAUGAUGGGCCUUGUAUUAUAUAGCUACCUUUUGUUUGUUGUUUUGUUAUUGAACGAAAUUUUCUGUCAUGUUCAACGUCAAUCGAUCUUGAAAAAGAACUGAAUAAAGCUUUUAUAUGCAAACUGUGUCAGGUCAUGCAUAUCAGAUGAAAAUAGUCCGGGAACAUACAAUACAAGACGUACGAUACGGAUAUUUUUUCUACUUGUUCAUAUUUAUUUGUGAAAUACAGGCCGAAUUUUGUAAUAGAAUUUACAGUGGUGUAUAUUUCUUAUUGUUAUUUCAAAAUUAUUAAACAGAAGUCGAGGAAGUAGCAGAUGAGUACGGCAGUGUUCGCGGAGAUACGCGAGAAAUGAAUCACGGAGAAUCACGUGACUGUGAAGAAGAAUUUCGUGACUAUAGUGAAUUCACACGAGGUUAUAAUACAGCAGAUUCGUGCAAGUGUAGUAGUGACGACAAUGUCUUACAGGA